AUGGGUGCCUCUCCUCUAAAACCCGGGGCGCCAGGGACUCAGGAGACCCAAGACCUUCUUCAAGGCCAAAGGCCAAUAGACCGCGAUGAUUUUGAGGUCGCCAUCAUCUGUGCCCUGCCCCUAGAGGCCAGGACCGUCGCCGCCCUGUUCGAAAAAGAGUACGAUGCCAUGAUCUACGGCAAGGCCAUAGGUGACCCAAACACUUACUCGUUCGGACUGAUCGGCCCUCACAACGUCGUGCUCGUCCAUAUGCCCACCAUGGGCAAGGUUGCUGCCGCCACUGCCGCAUCCAACCUGCACGCCAGCUUCCAGAGGAUCAAGCUCGCCAUGAUGGUCGGCAUAUGUGCCGGUGCCCCCUUUGGGCCCACGCGCGGGAAGGAGGUUCUUCUUGGCGAUGUUGUUAUUAGUGAGGGCCUCGUCCAGUACGACUUUGGACGACGGUUCCCAAACAACAAGUUUGUGCGCAAGGACACUCCCCGCGGCACUCUCCCAAGCCCCAACUCGGAACUGCUCGCCGUCCUGGCCAAGCUGCAGGCCGAGGAGGAAAGCGAGUUGCAGACUACCAUCGCGGCCGCGCUGGACAUCGUGCAGCGGGCGCCUGACUUGUCUGCCGCAUAUCCUGGCCGUAUUCACGACAGGCUUUUCGAGUCAGCUUAUUUCCAUAAGCACCGCAACCUCGAGGACUGCGCAACAUGUGGUAGUGGUAAAGAGGAGGACAUGUGCUUCCAGUCCUUCGAGAUGAGCUGCGACACCCUCGGAUGCGACGAGCGAGAGCUGGUGUCCCGCGCACACUCGAUCGAGGACCGCCUCCCAGUCGUCCACUUCGGCCUCGUUGCCUCUGGCGAUACUGUCAUGAGGUCCGGCCUGGACCGGGACGAGAUCGCGACUCGAGACGGCGUCAUCGCCUUUGAGAUGGAGGGCGUAGGCAUGUGGGAGGCGUUCCCUGGCUCUUGUUUGGUAAUAAAGAGCGUCUGUGACUAUGCCGAUAGCCACAAGAACAAGAAAUGGCAGGGCUACGCAGCAGCAACAGCAGCAGCCGCUGCGAAAAUGGUCUUAGCCCACUUU